CUCUCUCCCCUCCUUCUCUUAAAACCUCCUAGAGCUUCCGUCUGGUUAAAAUACUUUGUUCACCAAGAAAUGGAAAAAGAAACGCUUCCGUCCCACGAAACCGUCCUCUUCCGCAUCAGACUUGUAUCAAAUGGCGCAUACCUCCUCCACACCCCGGUCUACGCCGCAAGCCUCUCAAGAACAACCGGCCUGCCCAUCCUCUCUCCCGACGCAGACCCGUUCCUCUCCUUACUCCAGCUCACCCGCAACUCGGGCGUCGGUCUCUUGAUUGAUGGCAAGGCUGUUAGAACCAGAUCGCAGCUCAAUCGGCUCGUCGCGCUCGGCAGGUUCGGACGCAAGCCAGCGGCGGUUAUGCCGAUCUCGAGAAAUAGUACUACUGCGCUUGCCAAUGCGGUCAAGAAGCGGAAACUCCCUGUCUUUGAUGUGCUCUAUGUUGAAUAUGACGAAACCGAUCUCACCUCUGCAUCUUCCCUCUCUUCCCUCUCUUCCUCCUCCUCCUCUUCAUCAUCCUCCUCCUCCUCCUCCAUCCUCCACCGCCUCGCUCACCGCAGGUCCAAGACCCCGGUGCGCAAGUACGCAUCAGACUACACAGACAUGGAAGGCGGCUCCGUGAUCGACACCGAUCUUCUCUUCCGCCGCGCAGGCCUGCCCGUUCCGCGCGCCGUGGCCGAGAAAGCGAUCGCGCUCGCCGAAGCCGAGCUGAUGGACUGCGCCAUGCCUCCGUUCCAGCGCGAACCCGUGCUUCCUCUCCGUCGGCCGCGGUCGAACGCGAGCACGAUCUCCUCCUGCUCGUCGUCGAGUAUCGACAGUCGUCGCAGCAGCGGCAUCAGUCGACGCAGCAGCACUGUCGUCUUCAGCCUCGGCUGCGCGGCCGACGCCGGCGAAGAGCUAUUCUGGGACGACGAGUGCGAGCCGUCGUAUAUCCCGACCUCGCUGCCGCAGCUCAAUCUCAAGGGUGUCAACCCGAGACGGCAUUCGUCGUACAUUCCCGCCGACCACGAUGCGUCGCUGAAAAGCGCGUAUGCGUUCAACGACUAUGUGUUUAGUCGGCAACAGCAGCAACAGCAGCAGCAACAACUGCAGCAGAGGAGAAGUAUGAUUGCAUCUACCCAUCGGAGACAUGGCAGUGCCUCGUCGAUGGGCAGCGAGAGACGAACGUUGGCAUUAAUUUACGAGGAAGAGGAGGAAGAUAUGAUCUAG